GGUCAAACAGACAUUUUCUUUCUUUAUCUAUCUUUGCUUGCUACUCACUUUCCAUCAUUUCAUCUCUUGCACUCUUUCUUAGCUUCUUUGUUUCUUUUUUGCUUUGUUUUGCUUUUCUAAAUUCCUACACACUCUUCUCUUUGCUUUCAUUUUCCUUAAUUGAGUAACAUUGCAUCAUCAUUGUAUAUGAACAAGUUCCCUUUCCACUCAAUUUACAAUUUUUCUUUGGUUUUUCAUUGGCAACAAAAAUCUGGGUUUUGUUUCUUGAUUCUUGGUUUUUGUUGUUAUUGUUGAUCUGGGUCUUCAAAAUUUUCUAUAAUCUUUCUCAUGGAAAAAGACAUGGUUUUUAUGCACGAGGGACUAGACAGGACAGCAGCAGAACAACCAACUUGGAGUUCUAGCAGUUUAGGGAUGGAAAUGCAAACAAAUGAGCUGAAUUGUGCAAUAGAACAAGUGGGAAGUUGUUUUUUCAAUCUCAAUUGGGAUAAUUCAAUGGAUCAGAGCGAUCGCUUUAAGUCAGCAUUGAGUUCCAUGGUGUCUUCUCCAGCAGCAUCCAAUGCUGGAAGUGCUCUCCCUGCAUCCGGAGAUAAUGUCAUGAUCAGAGAAUUGAUUGGAAGAUUAGGAAACAUAUGUAAUUCUGGUGACAUUUCACCUCAGUCUUUCAUUAAACCUAACAAUAACACUCAUAGUUCUAACACUUCCUAUUAUACUACUCCAUUGAAUUCACCACCAAAGCUCAGUCUUUCAAUGAUGGAUUCACAGAUCAGAGGAAGUUUGAAUGUACCGGGUCUUGGAAACCAGUUACCAAAUCAUCCUAGCCUGGCACCAUUUUCUACUGACCCUGGAUUUGCCGAGAGGGCUGCUAGAUUUUCUUGUUUUAGUAGUAGCAGGAAUCGACUUGGAUUGACUGAGGCUGAAUUUUCUCAAAGAUUAGUUCCUACAAUGGAUUCUGUUAAGCUUUCAAGUCACCAAUCCAUUAAGGUUACUGGAUCUCAAGCAAAUGCUCCUGAAAGUAACAAUAACUCGCAGCAGGAAAGAAAUUUUGGUUUUGAUAAGAAAAUCAGUAUGCUGACAAGGUCUUCUUCGCCAGAGAAUGCUGAAUUUGGUGAUUCCAAGGAAGAAUCUUCAGUUUCUGAACAGAUCCCAGGUGGGGCCCUUGGGAAUUCAAGCAUAAAAAGCCAAAGCCAUGCCAAUGCCAGGAAAAGGAAAUCAAUUCCCCGGGGGAAAGCAAAAGAAACCCCAUCUACAGCGGCUGCUGAAGCCAAGGUUGCAGCACAGAAUGAUGAAUCCACCGCGAAAAGAGGCAAGCAAGAUGGAGCAGCUGCGAAUGCAAAGGAAAAGACAGAACAGAAUGGCAAUUCUAAAGCAGCAAAUGAUGGGAAUCAGAAGCCAAGUAAUGAGAAUUCCAAGCCCUCAGAGCCGCCAAAGGACUAUAUCCAUGUCAGAGCCAGAAGGGGUCAAGCAACUGAUAGUCAUAGUCUUGCUGAAAGAGUCCGAAGAGAGAAAAUAAGUGAAAGGAUGAAAUUUCUUCAGGAUCUUGUUCCAGGAUGCAAUAAGGUGAUUGGUAAAGCAGUUAUGCUUGAUGAAAUUAUUAACUAUGUGCAGUCCUUGCAACGACAGGUCGAGUUUCUAUCUAUGAAGUUGUCUUCGGUGAAUCCAAGGAUGGAUAUUAACAUGGAAGCCCUUCUGUCAAAGGAUAUUUUUCAAUCUCUUGGAUCUUUGCCACAUGCCCUUUCUUCAAUGGAUUCUUCCACACCAGCUUUCCCUUUUCGUUAUCAGCCCCAGCAAGGGCUACCUCUAAACAGUGGCAUAUCCAAUAAUAUAGAGACUCAAUUCUCAAUGAAUCCACUAAAUGCUGCAUUGCAUAAAACCCACGGCCUGCAACUGCCUCCUAUUGAUGGUUUUACUGAUGCUAGCCCUCAGGUUGCAUCAAUUUGGGAGGAUGAUCUCCAGAGCAUUGUUCAAAUGGGAUUUGGCCAGAAUCAGACACAAAGCUAUCAAGGCUCAAAAGCUGUAGGGCAGGUGAAAAUUGAGCUUUAAUUACCAUUAGACAACACUUUCUGAUUCCCUUCAGGUCCUUCAGGCCCUCCAGGAGAGCAAGAGAGGCCUUUGUACAUAGAGAGGAAUUUCGGCUUGAGUAAAAUCUUUAACCUGAAAAAGAGAGAAAAUUUAUCCAAUUGUGAUCUCAUUUCCCAAAUUGUUUCUGCAACUCAUUCUUUAGAAAAUUCUUACGUGAAUUCCUGAUUUGCAAUAUGGUAGAACUAAUUGCAAUGAAGUGGUGUACUUCUGUUUUCAACUGUGA